CCCUUUAAUUUAUUAACAGAUUCUCAAAUUAAAGGGAUAGGACGCGCUGUCUCCAUGGCGAUGGUGUGUAUGCGCUGGCCCCGCUCCCGGGCUCUGCACGCUCAGCUGGCAUCGAGCUGUCUCCUACUCCUGUCAAUGAUUUACAGCGGCCGGGGGAACGAGGGGCGAGCCCGGGCAUGCUGCCGCCCCACAGGCCCUAUAAGACGGGCGCAGGAUGGGCAUCGUAGUAGCUGCGAGGAGGCCGCACACAGUCAGUUGAAUCCUGAACAAGAAGCAAAAGAUAAAGAUGGCGGCUCCUAAAUACGAGGAAAACCCCAACUGACUUCAAGAUCUCUGCUUGCUCUUGGGCAGGACGAUGGCGGAUCACCCCCCUCCUGAGGACGUCCCGGCAGCCGCUGGAGACGCACAUUCUAAGUCGGGUCCCCUCCCCAGCCGCUCUCACUCCAUAGAAAUGCCCGCCCGUCAGCUGGCGCGGUUGAGAAGCAUCGAUCCGUACUCUCGCCGGAGCUCAGUCGUCAGUAACAUGAACGUCCCAUUCUCCCGCAAGAACUCGCUGUGCGCCCUGGGUCCAAACAAGCGCUUGUCCCUGGGGCCCUGGGCACAUUAUGGACAGGUCAGUUUUUCGGGUCUCCCCCUCUAUGAGCCCAUUAAGGAGAUUCAGUAUGAAAACACGUACAAGAUGGGCCCCGACCAGGACUGCAGGUUCAACCCAGGCAGGGCCCAGAAAGCUGUGGAGGGCAUCCUGAGGGGCUACCUGGUGGAUGCCAAGUACAACCCCCUCACCAGCGGGCAGCUGGCCCAGAACCUGUCCGACAUCAUCCGCAGCAAGCUAAAGGAGUUCAGCCCUGCCCGCUACAAGGUGGUCUGCAGCGUCUUCCUGGGCCAGAUGUCCCACCAGGGGGUAAAGGUGUCCAGCCGCGCCCUAUGGGACCCACAGAAUGAUAACAUGGCCUCCGCCUCAUAUUCUAACUCCAGCUUGUUUGCAGUGGCUAUGGUGCACGGGCUUUACUAUGAAUAAUGGGGGUCAUUCUCUGCAUGUAAUAAACUCCUGAUACCAUGUACAUUCAUUGUGUAUACAGUGGGCCCCUUCCCAUCAUAUUCCACAUGAUACAGUAGGGGACUGCUGGGACCACCUGCAAUCCCUACAGCAUGGGGUCCUGUAUGCACAUCACUGCAGUCCUCCUAUAGGACUGAUGGAGGGCGCUGGGCACCUGGUAGGGUGAGGACUCCUGUAAAGGGGAAUGCUACUUUCACAGCUUAUGACCAUAAGUCCAGGGUGCGAUUAAUACUCUGAAUUCAGCUUUCUGUGUGAAGUGAAAGAUGCCCAAAUCAGCUUCCUGCCCGUGUAAAAGGCCCUUUACUGAAGGAACCAACACAAGGUUUUUCACUUUGGGUGUGAUUGGAGAAGAAAAACGUACAAAGUUGUCACACGGUUACUUGAUAUUUUAUGUAGAUUUGAAUGGAAAUCUCACGCAGAGUUCCCCUUUAGAGUGAAGGGGGAGAAAUCAUUCCAGUGUGUAUAAUGCAGCUACAGUCUGUGCUGCACUCACAGCAGUGUAUGGAAAGUCAGGGUUAAAGCAGAAGAGCACUAGACCUAACCCAGCACCACCCCAUUCACUUUAGAACAGCUACAUUUUGAGUGUUUACUUCCACAGAUGGAGCAGACUGUCAGCAUGCAUGUUUGACACCUACAAUACAUUGAGGAUUAGAUUAACCCAAAAACAAGCAAAGAGUUCCCAUGAAAGAGCGGCCAUUGCUUGGAUUACACGAAUCCAAUGGCAGAAUAAAGACAAAAAAAAAAAAAAAAAAAAAAAAAAAAAAACA